UGAGAUACAAUCCGGAUGUAAUCUGGAAUAAGAUUAAUAAGAGUCUCAUUAUAAACUCUUUUGAAUCACUGUGGAAGAAGAAAGUACAUAGCCUAUAGACGACCGAUGAGAACCUGCAGUGUCAUUUAAAAUCUCAGGCAGGCCUUUAACCAGCAAUCUAGGCCUUAUUGAUGACAGGUGAUUUGUUGAUGCAGGUGAUAUUUGUGUUUUGGGGAUAUCUUCAAUUCAUUAGGCAUAUAAAAUCUCUUUGGGAUUAAAUAGCCUAAUGUACUGUUCUUUAAUCUUCAGGUUAGAUACCCUCAUCCCCAUACGCGACAUAGUUGCAUAGACUUCCUUUUUAUAGCUAGAUUGUUUUUUUUUAAUCCAUUUACCUGUACAGUCAUUAUUCUUGUAUACUUCUUGCAUUUAUAUUGUCCAGUGUGAAGCACUUUACGCUGCUCGUGCAUAUCUUCGCACGAUUGGAUAUCACUGCAGACCGAUCAGGUAUUUGAUAAUGUUAGGGCUGACAGUACAUGGCUAAAUGGCUAAAUGUGUUUCUCAGACAGGAGUCAGUCAUGACAUCACGUGCAGGCCCGAGAGCUGCUGGAACUGAUGGGAGUGACUUCAAGCAACGAGAGAAAGUGGCUCCUCAGUAUCAGAUGAGUGCUUCCUUAAAGUCUGAGAUCAAGAAGCUGACCAUUGUGCAUCUCGUAAUAUGGUUACUAAUAGCCUCCCAGGUGACAAUCGCCCAUUUCAAGCUGUACUCCCAUGAUGUGGUGGCCAUGCCCUAUCAGUGGGAGUACCCAUACCUCCUCAGCCUGCUGCCCUCGCUGCUAUCUAGCUUGGCUAUGCCCAGGAACAACAUCAGCUACCUGGUUAUCUCCAUGAUCAGCGCUGGCCUAUUUUCUGUGGCUCCGCUAAUCUUCGGUGCCAUGGAGAUGUUCCCUGUAGCACAGCAGCUGUACCGACACGGCAAGGCUUACCGAUUUAUCUUUGGUUUCUCGGCGGUGUCAGUGAUGUACCUGCUGAUGGUGAUCGCCAUUCAGGUGCAUGCGGGGCAAAUUUACUACAGCAAGAAGCUACUGGAUGCCUGGUUUGACUCCACACAGGAAAAAAAGAAAAAAUAAAGACGCAGUUAAUGAAGAACUGGUUACAGGUCAUGCUGUUGUGCAUGACUCACCGUUUAUUUUCAACAUGCAUGGAAUUAUCCAAAAAGGAAUAAAUGCACAUCUCAGAUCAAAUGGACAUACAUGCAACUGGGCUCUGUUUAUUUACACUUUAUUCUUUAUGCCGUGGCUACCAUCACAAUAUAUGUAGACAGAUUUACAUCUGACAGGACGUUACAAAUGAUGUUUCUAUCGCAUGAAAGACCUCUGAGAGUCUGCUGAGGUGUGUACUGUAAUUUAUCUACUGUAUAGGCACACAUUGUUUUAUUAUACCGUUUUAACUGCUUUUUAAUUAACUGGUCUUUUAAUGCUCUGGCAUUAAAAUGUUUAAAAUAGUCACUGUAUUGUGUUUCAAACUACUGAUACGAUCAGAUCGUGUGUAUAUGUAGAUCAUUUAACAUUUAAACAUAAUUAAAGUUCAUUGCUUU